UUUUGCAUCGUAAUUUAUUUAAAAUAGUUUUAGCCCAAAGGCAUCGGAUUUAAUGCACUGUUCGAUACGCUGACGUUGAAACUAUUUGCGCCAAUCGUAAUGUUAUGUAUUUAGUUUUUCCUGAGUAGCAGUAGCGACUUGUUCAUAACAUUGUCCGACGAGUCACAGACAGUUGUUUAGCCACAAACACGCCAAAUCUCGAACAAAAAAAAAUUUUUUUAGAUAAGAUAAUGUUAAACGCGCUUACAGCACCUAUUGACGACGUAUCCAUCCCGUGUAGUGUCUCCUGUAAAAGCGUACUUAAAACUCUUUAUAUCAAAUAAUAAUGAUAAAUAUAAAAAGGUAAUUAAUUGAAAGGAGAUGAAUAGAGAGCCAAUACGGCGAAGAACCAAAAAAUGGAGUCUGGCCACAUCAACAUGCGUUUUUCUAAUAGAGUUUCUCCUCCCAUCUGCUUUAUCUUCAUACGGAGUUUUUUUCGACGAAUUCGUCGAUGAUGGAUACUUCGCAUUUUACCCAGCUUUAUGGACACCGGUCGUUUAUAUAGCAUCGUUAAAUAUCGUCAAUCCGUGGGGUCGAAGAGUAUGCAAUCGAUACAAAACGCAACAAUUUUACUUGUUAAAGUAUUUUAUUGCGGCUGCGAUAAUUAUUAUGGUUUUAGGGCAAAUUACUGCUGUGUUUUUACCAACAUUAACAAUGCAAGUGCUUCUUUAUGGAGUAUUGGGAGGCGCAUCUACAGGUUUUACAAUUUCAAUAAUAAAUACAUACACAUCGGAUAAUUUCGAAGGAAAACCAAGAAUUUUUGAAGCGACUCUUCAAGUGGCAAGAGCUUUUACACUUUUUGUAAUGCCUCACAUUGUUUUAUUCUUAGUAAAUUAUUAUAAUAUUUUUCGGGCACAAGCUUUAUUUUCCGGUUUUAUGCUUCACGCGAUUCCAAUUGGCUUGGUUGCUUGCCGUAAAAAAGAAAAGGUCAUCGAAAGACAUUUAACGCGUUACAAAACGGUACCUGGGUAUCUUUUUAACGAAGAUUCCAUCGAAUUACCGACUAUUAAUCGAUUUUCAAAUGGAAUAACAAAUCCCGCGAUCGAAAGAAGAAAUUCUCAAGAAGAUGAUGGUGAUUCCUCGACGAGUUCUGACGAUUCGUACACUUUUACGGAAAUAAAAGAUCACGAUUCAAUUUUAAAUCAACAGUUUCGAAUGAAAACUGAAAUGGGAGUUGAAAUUUUGCCUGAAAUUCCAGAAGAAGAUGAGUCUGAAUUAAAAGAAUACGAAAAAUUGAAUAGUAAUUUAAAAAGAUUAAGCAGGAUUAGUAGUAAAUUCGAAGAAGUGAUCGAUAAAGAUGAUCGAAACUCUGGGUUAUUUUUAGAGCCGAGUAAUUUAGAUAAUUCUGUGCGAAAAAGGCAUUCUUAUUUUGGCGAAUUUAAACGAAAAGGACAAACAGAAUGUUGUUCCCCUUAUCAAAAAUAUUUAUUUCGAAGGAGAAUGAGAAUGAUUGGAAAUUUGAUUUGGGACGAGCUUUUAAAGCCGUUAAACACAUCUUUUAAAACUUAUUAUUUUUAUCCAUCUUUGUUUGGAAAAACUUGCAUGUCUUUAUCUUAUGCUAUUUAUAUAAGCACAAUUACUCACAUAGCUUUAGUAAACGGAGCUUCUUAUAAAAUUGAUGUCAACGAAGCUGUUUUUCUUUUAACAUUUAUCUCCGUUGCUUGGUGCUUUUUUCUUAUCAGUUUACCGUGGGGGAUGAAUUUAGCAAAAACAAAACUAAAACUUUUACACGUUUUUGGACUUUUAGUAACCAGCGGAAGCUUUUCAAUGAUUUAUAUUUCUCAAAGCCACGAUAUGAUAACUUUGAGUUGUUUGGUGUUUGGAUUGGGUUAUGGAACAAUAUCAUUCAGUGAAAAUUUAGUUUAUGAGGAAAGUUUGGGUCCAAGACGAUAUCCGGUUGUUUUAGGAACAUUAGAAACUCUUUCGGGUUUAUUUGUGAUUGUUAUUUAUUUUGUUAUUUAUAUGUUUAAAUUAAGUAUAAGUAAUUUGUUUUUAUUAUUUUACGUGUUUAUAUCAAUGAAUUGUUUGUUGUGGAUCUUAACGCCGUUAGCGAAUUAUGUUUGGGUACACGUGCGUAAGAAAAGAGACGAUUCAUUAAGAUUUUUUUCUAGAAAUUAAAAUCUCUGUAUAUAAAUUUAUAUUACUGUAAUAAAAUAUACAUAAUAUUU